UGUUUCUGAUCACCUUUAAAACGUUUCACUUGAAUUUUAAAAAAUAUUCUUAAUCUUUUUAGUCGCUAAUCCGUUUCAUUUGAUCUUUAAGCCGUUUCAGUGUCUCUUUAAAUUGUUCAUAUUGAACUUGAACGACUGUAAUUCAUCAACUAUGGUUCCAAGUUUGAACAGUCAAACACUUAAAGUGACACCUUAUGAAACAGCUAAUGACACAAGUCAAGGUGUUAACGCUAAAUCAGCGACAGUUAAAACGAUGGCAACAGUUUCCGAUGUUGAAUCAAAUCUUGGAACAUUAAUUAUCAAUGAUAAAGCGGACGACGAUUAUAACGAUCGGACAUUAAAACCCUCUUUUAUGCAACACUUUGAAAGAAAUCGAGAACAGCAACAAUUACAAUUGCAACAACAACUUCAACCAUCGCCCCAACCACAAGCUCAACUUCCGCUUCAUUUAGCUCCUCAAUCACCAUCACAAAUUAAUCACCAAAUUCACCUUCAAUCUCCACCACUACUACAGCCACAACUACAACAACAUCAACAACCUUCCCAAUAUCAACCAUUAUCUCGAUCAAUUUUAUUAGAAAGUGAUUUUGAUUUUAUUAGAUUUUUGUCCAACGAAGAGCUUCCUAAACGAAUAACUAAUCUUGACUUCGAAAUGGAAAAUGAAAUUGAAAAACUUAGACAUCGAUACGCAGCUAAAAGACAAAGGAUCCUCGAUGCUAUUGAAACGAAAAGAAAAUGUCAAAAUCAACAACAAAAUUUCUGAUAAAAGCUCAAAUGAAUCCUCAGAAUUUUCUCCAAAUAAUCAAUCUGAGAAUAUUUGAGAGACAAUUAAAUCAAACAUCGAUUCGUCCAUCAAUUAAUUUACACUUUUAAUUAUCCAAUAGACACUAUUGCCUUGAACAAAUUGUUUCAACUUUUAUAUUAAUCAUAUUAAUUAACGAAAAGAGCAAAUGUAUCUUAAUAAACUGAUCUUUAAUUAUUCGAUAA